AUGUUCUCCGACCUGCUGCUGUUCGGCCUGCCGACGGUGAUGGCCUACACGGGCUGGGGCAGCGUCAAGUUCGACUACUCGACCCUCAGCUGCUCGUUCGCUCCGUUACCGAGCCUCUACUGUCUCUUCACCAUGGAGAACUCGAUGGAAGCUUCAGUUUACCUGAAAGCAGCGGAGGAUGAGGACGCCAUGAAGGCCAAGGGCGGUCGGGACAACCACAACAACAGGAAGGAGAGAAGGGAGCUGCUCACGCCUGCGUGCGUGAUGGCUGCCGGCUACGUCAACGGAUUCCUCAACGAGUGCUGGCAGAAGUACUCGCACACAGCGCCGGUCUUCUCCUUUCUAAAGGGACGCGGCAGCGGCGCAUACAACAACGCUGCCGAGACGUGGGCCAGCGGCGGCGACGGCGAUGCCGGCGACAGCUACAGUCGAAGCGGCAAGGGAUCGACCAUCGGCCACUCGCGUGGCCGCGCAACACGGGAGCGUAGCGGCAGCACCGCCAGCGCCCUCAGCGCCCCCAUCAUCCCCGUCAUCAGUGCCACUACUCUUCCUGACUUGGCGGUGGUGGAGCUCUCGUGCCGAGCGUUGGGGCACGACUGCUGCGAGUUCAUGGUGUGCGUGCGGAGUCAGGUGGAGCGGUGCGCCAGGACCUACCUGGAGAGCCGAGGCCGCGGCGGGUCCGCGGCGCUCGCCGGCGUGCCGCUGGUGGACAUCCUCGCGGCCAAGGACAAAGCCGACGCCGACGCCAGCGCCAAGAGGAAAUCAGACAAGACGCGCAAGUAG